AUGGGGCAACUUCCAACGGAGAGAGUGACACCAUCUCGUCCUUUUCAACAUACUGGUGUCGAUUACGCAGGGCCGUUCCUUCUCAAGACCUGGAAGGGAAGGAAUUCUCGAACAUACAAAGCUUACAUUUCGCUUUUUGUUUGCCAUGCCACUUCCGCCAUUCAUCUAGAAUUAGUUACAGAUUAUACCACGGACGCAUUCAUUGCAGCAUAUAAACGGUUCACAGCGCGAAGAGGAAUAUGCUCUACACUCAGAAGCGACUGUGGAACAAAUUUCAAAGGUGCUGACUCCGUAUUACGACAUUUUUUCACGUCUUCUUCGAAGGAAAUAAAAGAAUUAGCAUCACUUCUCGCAACUGAUGGCACUCAAUGGCAGUUUAACCCACCAGCAGCACCUCAUUUCGGGGGUAAAUGGGAAGCCGGGGUAAAAUCAGUAAAAUUUCAUUUAAAACGAGUUAUUGGGGAGAACCGACUUACUUAUGAGGAAAUGGCAACGUUAUUAACGCAAAUUGAAGCAGUACUAAACUCACGGCCAUUGAGCCCACUAACAGAUGAUCCAGAUGAUCUACAAGUGUUAACUCCAGGACACUUUCUUAUCGGAAGUGCAAUCACAACUCUACCCGAACCAUCACUUGAAUUGAUCAAAUGUUCUCAUCUGUCACGUUGGCAACUAAAUCGUCAGAUGCUUUCAAGUUUUUGGUCACGCUGGUCUAAAGAAUGCCUGCAACGGUAUCUCGCCAUGUAUAAAUGGAACAAAACUCUCCCACCUCUUAAGGAAGGAACGCUAGUUUUAGUUGUUGACGAACGUUAUCCUCCUUCAAAAUGGCCUCUUGGCCGAAUAAUCCAAUUACACCCAG